CUCUCUCUCUCUCUCUCUCUCUCUCUAAAUUGGACAACCACCAAUCUCCAUGCUUAUGUCUCAAUACCAAUAACCCAUAUACUACAAAGCCUACAAGCCAUUGCUGAGAUCUACGACUUAGAUGGGCUUCUGAUUCUCCCUCAUUCUCUAUUUAAACCCCAUUGAAUUUAUUAUCAACACACUCUUCUCUCUCAAACCCCACUUGCAGAGAGACCGCUAUGGACACCAACACUACUUCCUACACUCCCUUGCCCGGAGACCCCUUCCUCUCCGGACCUCCGGCUACUCCACGGAGACCCUUGAAGGGUUUUGCCGUGAUCUUUGCCGCCGUCAUUUUUCUCAUGUCCUUGGUCGCAUUAAUCAUCAAUCAAGGCCCACCUCAACAAGAUAGUCACCACCAUAAAAAACAGUCAGCUUCUACUGCUUCAUCAGAGACGACGUCGUAUUCAAGACUGCCUAGAGGAAUAGCACAAGGAGUCUCAGCCAAAUCCAACCCAUCUUUUUCCGACGAAGCUUCUUAUAAUUGGACCAAUGCCAUGUUUUCUUGGCAAAGAACAGCCUUCCAUUUUCAACCAGAACGUAAUUGGAUGAAUGAUCCUAAUGGUCCAAUGUUUUACAAGGGAUGGUAUCACCUGUUCUACCAGUACAACCCGGACUCUGCUGUGUGGGGCAACAUCACGUGGGGCCACGCCGUGUCAAUAGACCUGAUCCACUGGCUCUACCUCCCGCUCGCGAUGGUCCCCGAUCGAUGGUUCGAUGCGAACGGAGUGUGGACCGGGUCUUCGACCAUCCUACCCGAUGGCCAAAUCGUAAUACUAUACACUGGAAGCACCAAUGAGUCUGUGCAAGUACAAAAUCUUGCCUACCCUGCCAACCUAUCUGAUCCCCUCCUCCUCCAUUGGGUCAAGUACUCGGGUAACCCGGUCCUAACUCCACCACCCGGAAUUGGAUCUACGGAUUUCCGUGACCCGACAACCGCGUGGAUUGGGCCCGAUGGCCUAUGGCGAAUUACGCUCGGGUCAAAGGUCAAUAAAACUGGCAUUUCAAUUGUCUACACCACCGCUAAUUUUAUAGACUACGAGCUAUUGGAGGGGGUUUUGCAUGCGGUCCCGGGUACGGGUAUGUGGGAGUGCGUGGAUUUUUACCCGGUUUCUAUACACGGGUCCAAGGGUUUGGAGACGUCCGUGAAUGGCCCGGGAGUUAAGCACGUGCUGAAGGCCAGUUUGGAUGAUAAGAAAAUGGAUUACUAUGCAAUUGGGACUUACUUUGUGGAGAACAAUACGUGGAUACCUGAUGACCCGAAAAUAGAUGUGGGUAUCGGGUUGAAAUACGACUAUGGGAGAUACUAUGCAUCAAAGACAUUUUAUGACCAGAACAAGGAGAGAAGGAUCCUGCUUGGUUGGAUCAAUGAAACUGAUACUGAAACUGAUGACUUGGAAAAAGGCUGGUCCUCCCUUCAGACCAUUCCUAGGGCUGUGCUGUUUGACAAUGCAACUGGAACCAAUUUGCUUCAAUGGCCAGUGGAAGAGAUUGAAGACUUGAGAUUAAACACUACAGAGUUUAGCGAUGUCUUGGUUCAGGCAGGGACGGUUGUGCCGCUUGAUAUUGGAACAGCUACGCAGCUGGACAUAUUGGUCGACUUUGAAAUACAAGUAUUGGAAACAGAGUGUGUAAAUGGGAAUGGCAGUGUAGGUUGCGGUGAUGGGGCUACAGAUAGGAGCACAUUGGGACCAUUUGGCAUUUUGGUCCUUGCAGAUGAGACUCUUUCUGAGCUAACCCCUGUUUAUUUCCGAGUUUCCAACUCCACCGAUGGGGAUGUCACGACUUAUUUCUGCGCCGACGAAACAAGAUCUUCUAAGGCUCCUGAAGUCUACAAAACAGUUUAUGGAGGCCAAGUUCCUGUGUUGGAUGGUGAAACGUAUUCUGCUAGAGUAUUGGUUGAUCAUUCAAUUGUGGAAAGCUUUGCACAAGGAGGUAGGACGGUGAUUGCGUCGCGGAUUUAUCCAACGGAAGCAAUCUAUGGAGCAGCAAGGCUAUUUUUGUUCAACAAUGCAACUGGAGUGAAUGUCAAGGCCACCCUCAAGAUUUGGCAACUCAAUUCAGCCUUCAUUCAUCCUUUCCCAUUAGACCAGAUUUGAUCAGUCACAGUAAAUUAAGGAAUUCUUGCAGCAGAGCAAAGCCAGUUGAUUAAUCAAAUCUAUUGCCGCAAAUCUCCUUCGUUAGGAUCAUAAAUUUUGUGGCAAACAAAUGCCAAGUGAGCGUCAUUGUUAUUUAAACCUUUUUUUUUUUUUUUCUUCCUUGUUUGGGUUGUACCAUUCAGUUUGUAGUUAGGCAUGACCUUCAGCCAUAUCUGUUGAUUCAAGUUCCAAUAGUAAUAAACUAAUGAAGUUAAAAUUUUGCUCAUUGAACUGAAAA